UGCUGUGAGACAACUUCCACCAUAUUGGAGGAGGAGGACAUCUACUCUCUGCCCGCUGACAGGAUGUUACUGAAAGUGCUGCUGGUCGUCCUGUGUGGCGUCCCAGCCCCGGUGGCCGGGGGGGCCGAGGCUCAGCAGGGGCCGCUGCCGCUGCUGAUUGCGUCGUUCGACGGUUUCCGGGCAGAAUACCUGCAGAGGUUCCCCAUGAAGAACCUGAAGCUCCUGUACAGCCAGGGGGUCCUGGUGGAGCAGCUCACCAACGUCUUCAUCACCAAGACCUUCCCCAACCACUACACCCUGGUGACAGGGCUGUAUGCUGAGUCCCACGGGAUCCUGGCCAGUCGAAUGUACGACCCAGUCAGCCACAAGAACUUCAGCGCCGGCCAAGACCUUGAUCCGAUGUGGUGGACCCAAGCUCAGCCCCUGUGGAUCACGGCGCUGGACUCCGGCUACAAGACGGCGACCAUGAUGUGGCCCGGCUCCGACGUUCUCAACCGCACAGCGACACACUUCCUGCCCUAUGACAGAAGCGUGACGUUCCAGCAGCGGAUAGGGAACGUGACAAAGUGGCUGCUGGGAAAUGGAAAGGAACCGGGAGUGAAGUUCGCAGCUGUCUACUGGGAGGAGCCAGACACGUCGGGACACGUCCACGGACCAGACGACACCGCUGCCAUGAGCAAAGUGCUCAAAGAGGUUGACGACAACAUCGGCCUGCUGGUGUCGACGCUGAAGUCCACCGGGCUCUGGGGUCGCAUCAACCUCAUCAUAACCAGCGACCACGGAAUGGCUCAGCUGUCGGCCGAGCGCAUCAUCCGGCUGGACGACUGCAUCCCCCCCGACAACUACACGCUGGUGGACCUCUCGCCCGUCGCUGCCCUCAUCCCACAUGCAGAUCCACAGACAGUCUUCCCUCGGCUGAGUAAGUGCCACGACCACAUGACAGCCUAUCUGAAGAGGGACAUCCCUGAUAGGCUGCACUACCGGAACAACGAACGUAUCACGCCAAUCCUACUGGUUGCUGAUGAAGGCUGGACCAUAGUGCAGCGAGGGAACACGCUGUCCAGAUUGGGCGAUCACGGCUACGACAACUCCCUACCCAGCAUGCACCCCUUCAUGGUAGCGGCAGGGCCCAGCUUCCGUGAAGGUUAUCGAAUCAGCAGUUUAAGGAGCGUGGACAUUUACCCUCUCAUGUGCCACCUGCUGUCGGUGCCCCCCCGGCCCAACAACGGCAGCCUGAGCCAGGCUCGCUGCCUGCUGGCCGCUGAGGCCUGUGGGAACCUCUCCCAGGUGAUCAGCCUGGUGCUGGGAAUCUUACUGGUACUCACCACAAUCAUUCUAUUCAUCAGGUGGCGGCGAAACCUCCGGCAGUCGCGCUCCCGAGCUUUCCAGAGGCUGGAGAUGGACGACGAUGAAGAAAGCCUGUUUGGGUAAACCAGUCCGACCCGAGAUCACAGACUGAUCUGCGUCACCUAGUUGAGCUCCUAUAGGUACUUGCACUUAACCCACUCAGGCUGCGGCAUUAGAUUUCACACUGGCAUGGGUGCAUUGUAUGUAUUUGCAUUCACAAACAUGCAGUAGAAGGAGCGGCUGUUUAUGAAGCCUUCAGGCCGACUGACUCACGGGCUGUGAUCAGAAAGCUUCCAUGUACAAGGAGGUGCUACUACUGACCAAAUUAAAAGAAUUUAUCCUUUGAACUAAAAACCACAUGUAUUCUCCCACAGCUGUGUCUUUGCCAGCACUGUAACAGAGGUAUUCUAAUGGUUUUGCACCUGUCUUGAAGUAAAGAUGCACGACCACCACUUUCACAUUUCUGUGCAAAAAUGAAGCCAAACUAUCCCAAGUACAGAUGCUUUAAUUACUUUUAAUUAGGGCUGGGCAAGUUAACUCGUUUAAUCGAGUUAACUCAAGUGAUGAGUUUACUCGAUAAAUUAUUUUAUCUCGCAUUAACUCAGGUUUGAUUAUUUAUUGUUUUAUUGUGAAAGUCAGGCUUUUAUUUUGUGAAAGUCUGUUGCUGACUGCUGCAGAACAGGAAAAAAGAAAAUAAUUGGCGGAUAAACAAUCGAGUUAACUCAUCACUUGAGUUAACUCGAUUAAAACGAGUUAACUUGCCCAGCCCUACUUUUAAUUUCAAAUAGAUUAAGUAUUAAAAUAACCAGCAAAUAAAUAAAACAAGUAUCAGCAUUUGAAUCACUAUUCCUCUACUACUAAAAGUAGUAAUUCUAGGCUACUACUAUAUUAGUACUACUUAUAGGCCACUUUUAAAUGGGCUAUUCCUGAUUAAUUUAUAGUUAAAAUAGACUUUUCAUAAUCACGUCAUGUCUUACAGGAGACUAAACACGUCCAUUCCGUCCAAGAGAUAUUUAUAUAUUUUAUGUAUAUGUAGCAUGUGAUUGGUUAUUUGACAUAUUUUGGAUCGGACCCCUUUUAAAGAGUAGGUCACAACAAACCAGCAAGUUCUGAGUUUCCACGACUACUGACUAGAAAUCGUUCUGAGGGGAUGUUUGUGCGUACGCCCCCGGAUGUGAAGUGGUACAAACAGCUGAAGGACAGAAUAGUAAAUAUUAGUGGUGGUUAUUUAAUUGUUCAUAAUGUUACUGCUGUAAGAAAAACAUUGUUUUACGAGAGACUUGAACCUGUGACGGGGAACCAGGGGUGUUCUGAGGAAAACUAUUUUUAGAUUUUUUUAGACGCUACUGAUUUUAAGAGAUUUAUUUAAUAUAUUUCUGCGGGAACUGAAAACUUAUUUUUAUGAGAUUUUUUAUGCAUAGUGUAAUGUAGCUAUUUUGUCAGAAGAGGGAGCCUGUUACAAAUGAUCCUGUGUAAAAUGAGAAAACCCCCUUACAGAUGUAGACAUUCUUAUGAUUGUGUUUAUUUAGAUUUUAUUCUGAACUGUUACUGUUAUAUUUGGGAAACUGAUGCAAUCUGAAAUUAU